AUGACAUAAUCCACUGGCUUUUUAGAUAGAUAAAAAUUUAGAGAUUGUAUGGGAAUUUUAGGUUUAGAUAGCGUUUAAUUUUUAAGCGACCGUUUAUUUAAUGUUAUGGCAGAUCCUAAGGGAUAAAUUCCUUUUAACAGAUUUUUGAUAUAUAUUGAUACUAUUACUAAUGGCGAUGAAUAGGAAAAAGUGGAAAUGUCAUUUAGGUUAAUAGAUGAUUAAAAAAAAGGAUAUUUUGAUAAGGAAAAUUUGGCUUCUAUGAUUAAUAGUAUUGUGCGUUCUUGGGCAGCUUUAACUUAGACUUAAUUAAGCUGCCUCAUUAUAAGAAAUAAAAAAAUAAUUAGAAAAUUAUUGUUCGUAGAAUUUCAAUGA